AUGGAUGGAUACGUCGGAGUGGUGAUCUCAAUGCCCACCGUGGCGAUGCUCAUGGGCUCCGCCGCCGUCUUCGUGUGCCGUCUACCCGACAAGGUGCAAGCAGGCUUUCAGAUGUUCUCUGCAGGUCUCCUGAUCUCCGCCGUGGCCAACGAGCUCUUCCCGCUGCUGAAGCCCUCGGACCAGCCGUCGCAGGGCCCCUGGCCGUUGCUCAUUGGCUUCACCGUGGGUCUCGUUUUCAUGUUUGGUUUGGGUUACUUGACGGAGUUCAUGGAGGAUGAUGACGAUGAGGAGGCUGUGAAGCACAAGCGCACCAACAGCGAUAUCGAGACCGCAUUGGUGGAUAUCUGCGAACAGGAAAGGGAAAAGGCCAAACAACACUUUGAGUUGGAGGUCAAGGAGAUUGAUGGUGAAGUGAAUCGUUUGCAAGGAUUUCUGGCACAGGGUUCGCAGAACCAAAUCGAUGAGCUUCUCCACAGUCUGGAGUACCGAGUCCAUCGAGCUACACGUGUCUUGUACCUGCGAUCUGGCAUCGAUGACCAAAACCUCACGAGGAUGCAAUUCCAUGGUCGCGAGUUGAAACAAUCUUCUGAGCGACUGCAGAGAUUUGAAUCCUUUCAAAAGGCCAAGGACAAUCUGAAGGCUUUCCAGGCCUGCUUGGAGCAUCUUCACGGGCAUGCGGAGCGUGUACCCUUCCGGAGAUGGAAGGCGAUGGCAAAGCCCGCGGAAGAUGAAAAGCUGCCAGAAGAGUUGCCAUUGGCUCUGGUGACAGCAGUUGUAGUGGAUGCUGCCGUGGAUGGCAUGCUGAUUGGCUACUUGUUUGAAUGGAGAUAG